UUCUAAAACCCAAGUAUUUUGAAAAGUUCAAAUCACACCCUUAUGGUUUUAUUAAUUAAUUAAAGUGUAUAAUUAAAAGUGAUUUAAUAAACCCAUAAAGUUUUGGUUUACAUUUAAUUAAAUUAAAAGCAUAAUGUUACUAAAUUAAACCACCUAGUACUUUAAAAGUGUAAAACACACCCUAUACUAUAUAUAACAUUAAAAUUCUAAUAUUAUAUAUGUAUGAGUAAACAGUCAGUCUUACCGUUAGUAGGCCUCAUUCACGAAGCUGGUCUAUAAGGGGUGUUUAAGGAAAUUGCCUUUAAAAUGGUGAUUGAAUGGGUAUCCACUCUUACCCACCGCACUCUUGACUAGUGGAGGGUCGUUAGCCGAACGGGUAGGAUAGGACAGAAACCUUCCAUUAUAAGUAUAAUGAAGUACAAAGUAACUAAAUGCUUUUUCAAAUUCCCAAAUCAUAGUUACUUUAGGAAAAAUGUGAAAUUGUAUGCUAACCCAUGGAAUUACACUUCGUACCCUUGUCAAACGUUAGUGGAGCGUGUGUGGUUAACCGGCACACUAAUUUGGGGAUGACAUUGGUGGCGAAGGGUGGCUCGAUGCUUAUCAUAGAUCAAUGGAGUGUGUGUGGCUAACCGGCACAUUGAUUAGAUGAUAGUAGCAUUAGGCGCACCACGUGAUUCGUAUGGUUAUUCACACCUUGUUUGUGAUCCUCGGCAUCCCAGUCACAAAUAAUAGGGCAUAAUCGAGAUUAAACAUGCCAUUGAAAAGUUCAAUGAAUCUCAAAAGAUCUAGGAGUUUCAAUUCAUUUAAAACUUAAACUUCAUUUUCGUUUUUCAUGGUGGAAAUUGGUAAAUCGUCAUUUACCUACCUUCAAAUAUUUUGCAACUAGAUUACGGCAUCCCUUUUCUAGGUUGUAGAAUAUUGUGUUGGAUCCUAGCCUUGAUAACUCAUUUGGGUGUUUUAUUAAGGACUCAAUCAACUUAACUUGAAUUUCUCCCGUUUUGUAGAUGUCUGACUCUAACGUGGUAUUCCCGAAUCCCAAGGAAAAAGUGUUCCUAAUGAAAGUGAAAGCUUGAUUCAAAGUGAGAGAUCAAUGUGGACUAGCUUGAUUUCACUUCCUCCUCUUCCUCCCGUUGUUCUCCCUAACCCAGAUGAUCGAAGAUUUGAAAAGUUCAAGAUCACCGAAUCCCUAUUGGCAAUGGAACAUCAAGAUGGUAAACCCGUGUGUGCUCACAUCUUAGGGAUGAAAUCGCACAUUGAUAGGUUGAUUAUGUUGGGUGCGUCUAUCUCAAAUAAGUUGGCUGUGGACUGGAUUCUUCAGUCACUCCCUGAAUCAUAUGAUGAGUUCGUAAGAGAGUAUCAUAUGAUGAAGCAUGACGCAACCCUCAUUGACUUGACUUACAUGCUUAUUGCUGCUGAAUCAGAAAUGAUUUGGCGAAGUAAUGGAGCAUAUUUGUCUGAUAAUUCAACCAACCAUGCUUCCGUGGACAAUCUAGGAGAAUCCACAUGUUCCUGCUGCCAAGGAAAGGGGAAAUGGAUACGAAGCUGCCCGAAGGACCUGAAGAGUCUAAGAGAUGGGAGAGUCGAUAAGUAUGGCUCUACUUCAGGAUUAGAGAAAAGAGAGGAAGUUUGAUGGAAGAGCAAGAUGAGUCUGAUCACGAAGAAAUGGAUUUUGGUCGCAUGAAUUCGAAGAUCAGACUUUGAGCUUAGGAAGUUAUGAUAGAUUUGUUAGGAGCAUAUGAUUGCAUAGUUUUUCAUUUGAAUUUUGCAUUGUAAGGACAUGUUUUCCGUUGUUUUUAUGAAUAAAUAAAUUUUGGUUUUAUCUUAUUUGUUUAUCCUUGCA